ACAUUACUUCCGGAGCGCCGGCUUAGGUGGAGUAACGCGUUAGGGGUUUUUUUUUUUGCCAUUUCUCCCUUCUCUUUUGCGUAUAGGUACAAUUGGAAGGAGCACGCGUGUAUGGAUGCAUACGUCGGAGUGUUCUUGUUUAAAUAUGAACAUAAAAACAGCCGUUGAAUCGGAAAUGUUAAUUUCGAACCGGAAGUAUAUAUUGACCACCCAACAGGAAAUAGUUCCGUCGUUAAAAAAAAAAAAAAAAGCCCCGAGGCGGGCGUACAAGGAAGCCAUCUGCCCGGCUUUAAGAUGGAGGCAGCUGUCUCCGCCAGGAAGCGGCGGGAUCCGAGCGGAGCUGCCGCGGGAAAAGGGGCUCCGGAACCUCAACGGGCGGGGAAGCGGCGGCUGCUGGUGAUCCUGGAGGGGGCGUCGCUGGAGACUGUGAAGGUUGGGAAAACAUAUGAGCUGCUGAAUUGUGACAAGCAUAAAUCGUUACUUCUGCGGAGUGGCCGGGACCCCGGAGGAGUUCGACCUGACAUCACCCACCAGAGCCUCCUGAUGCUCAUGGAUAGUCCCUUGAACCGAGCUGGUCUUCUUCAGGUUUAUAUCCAUACAGAAAAGAAUGUCCUAAUUGAAGUCAAUCCCCAGACAAGAAUCCCUCGCACUUUUGAUCGUUUCUGUGGCCUUAUGGUUCAGUUGCUGCAUAAAUUUAGCGUCAGAGCUGCUGAUGGGCCUCAGAAGUUAUUAAAGGUAGUUAAGAAUCCAGUGACUGAUCAUCUUCCUGUAGGCUGCACAAAAAUCGGCACGUCGUUCUCAGCCCCUACUGUGACAGAUGUUCGUGACCUAGUCCCUACUGCAGACCCUAUAGCAAUCAUUGUGGGAGCUUUUGCUCAUGGCUCGGUUAAUGUUGAUUACACAGAGAAGACUCUCUCUAUUAGCAACUACCCACUCUCUGCUGCUUUGACUUGUGCCAAGAUCACCACAGCUUUUGAAGAGAUGUGGGGAGUGGUGUGAAGUUAUGUUCAUUUUUGGUAGCUGAACUUACCGUCUGCUUGCUCCAUGUUCUGAAGCGAUGUUCAUUGCAGGGUUUUACCUGGUACAUCCCUUUAUUAUGGAAAGUAACACCUAAAAUUCCUUCAUGUUUUCUUUUGAGGCAAAUAAAUUUUUUUAGCAAA